GAAGCCCGACAGGCUCGCUGUCAGAUUGGCCCCGGCUCAUCGGCUCAUGAUCAGCUGGUCUGCGCGCGACCGCUCCAUCAGCUGGAGACACGCGACCAAAGAUACUAGCUCCUCUAUAAUCUUUGCGCGCAACGAUGGAGGCUGCCGAGCGGGGGUGUUUGCGCCGACGAGGUGGGCCUUAUAAAACUGAGCCAGCUACAGACCUGACACAAUGGCGACUGGCUAAUGUUGAGGGCAGGCAGACGUGGAGUUACAUUGACUAUAGAGAAGCGGAAAGCAGAUCACAAACAAUGCUGGAGCUGCACUCAUUGGGACUCGAUACCAGUAAAUUUGCCAAAGAUUUGGGAGUUGCUGGUUCUCCGCAUGAGGCAGCUCACCAUGGAAUGACAUUUUAUGCACAACUACAGGCUGAGGAUGGACAUUGGGCUGGAGACUAUGGUGGACCUCUCUUCCUUCUACCAGGUCUACUUAUUACAUGUCAUGCAGCAAAGAUACCACUGUCAGACUUCCAGAGAAAGGAAAUGAUCCGAUAUCUGCGCUCUGUGCAGCUCCCGGAUGGAGGCUGGGGAUUGCAUGUGGAGGACAAGUCGACAGUGUUUGGAACAGCACUGAAUUACACAGCCUUACGAAUCCUGGGAAUUGGUCCAGAUGACCCUGACCUGGUGCGAGCAAGAAAUAACCUGCACAAUAAAGGUGGUGCAACUGGAAUUCCAUCUUGGGGCAAGUUCUGGUUGGCUAUCCUUAAUGUCUACAGCUGGGAGGGGAUGAAUACUCUGUUUCCUGAGAUGUGGCUCUUCCCGCGAUGGGUUCCGGCUCACCCCUCCGCCCUGUGGUGUCACUGUCGUCAAGUCUACCUCCCCAUGAGUUACUGCUACGCCGAACGUCUCACAGCACAGGAGGACGACCUAAUCCUCAGUUUGCGCCAGGAGCUCUAUGUUAAGGAUUAUAAAUCCAUCGACUGGCCUGCCCAGCGAAACAAUGUGGCAGCCUGUGACCUGUACACACCUCAAAGCAAGCUCCUCACUGUUGCAUACGCUAUACUAAAUGUGUACGAGGAUUUGCACAGCACAAGCUUGAGGAAGCGGGCAGUCGAAGAACUCUAUGACCACAUCGUGGCUGAUGACAGAUUCACUAAGUGCAUUAGUAUUGGGCCGAUUUCCAAGACAAUCAAUAUGUUAGUUCGCUGGCACAUGGAGGGGUCCAAGUCCUCUGGUUUCCAGGAACAUGUUUCUCGCAUCCCAGAUUAUCUCUGGCUUGGCCUUGAUGGACUGAAAAUGCAGGGUACCAACGGAUCCCAGUUGUGGGAUACAGCAUUUACAGUCCAGGCCUUCCUUGAGGCAGAUGCACAGAAUAUCCCAGAAUUCACUGCUUGCCUUAAAAAUGCCCACAACUACUUCAACAUCACACAGGUCCGUGACAAUCCUCCUGAUUAUGACAAGUAUUACCGUCAGAUGAAUAAGGGUGGUUUCUCGUUUAGUACCCGUGACUGUGGCUGGAUUGUUGCGGAUUGUACAGCAGAAGGCUUGAAGUCAAUAAUGUUGCUGCAGGAAAAGUGUCCCUUCAUAACUGAGAACAUUUCUGACGAGCGACUAUUUGACGCUGUCAAUGUGCUGCUCAACAUGAGAAAUCCAGAUGGAGGAUUUGCCACCUACGAAACGAAGCGUGGAGGGCGUCUCUUGGAGCUCCUGAACCCAUCACAGGUUUUUGGUGACAUAAUGAUUGACUACACAUAUGUUGAAUGCACAUCUGCAGUAAUGCAGGCACUGAAGCAUUUCCAAGAGAAAUUCUCACAUCACAGAGCGAGUGAGAUCCAAGAUACAUUGGAAAAGGGUCUGAAAUACUGCCGCAAGAUGCAGAACUCGGAUGGAUCAUGGGAAGGGAGCUGGGGAGUGUGUUUCACUUAUGGGACAUGGUUUGCCCUGGAGGCCUUUGCCUGCAUGGGGCAUACUUAUCAGAAAGGGGCUGCAUGCAAGGCUGUGACACGGGCCUGCGAGUUCCUGCUCUCCAAACAGAUGGAAGAUGGAGGUUGGGGUGAAGAUUUUGAAUCAUGCAAGCAAAGGAAGUAUGUGCAGAGUGCAAGGUCCCAGGUUCAUAAUACCUGUUGGGCUGUGUUGGGAUUAAUGGCAGCCAGGUACCCUGGCACACGAGCAAUAGACCGAGGGAUUAAAUUGCUGAUGGAACAGCAGUUGCCAAAUGGGGAUUGGCCUCAGGAGAACAUUGCCGGUGUUUUUAAUAAGACCUGCGCGAUCAGUUAUACUUCUUACAGAAACAUCUUCCCUAUAUGGACUCUCGGCCGCUUUGCUAGGAUUUUCCCAGGCUGUGCUGAGAUCGGCAGGCUGGACCUCUGAGGAUACAAGUGUCAAUAAGUGUGUCUAAAGCCACUGUGAUGGUGGAACACAGAAAACAGAAUUAUGCGGUCAGAUUAACUUUAGAACAUAGAACAGUGGAAUCAGUGCUUUGGCCCCCAAUGUUUGUGAAGAAUAUGAUGCCUAAUUAAAGUGAUCACAUGUGGGUAUACAUAAUCCAUAUUUCUCUAUUACCUGCACUUCCAUGUGUCUUCCUAAAAGUAUCUAUUGUGUUGCCUCCACCACCACCCCUGACAAUGCAUUCCAGGCUCCCACUACAUUCUGUGUAAAAAUACAUGCCUUUCACAUCUCCACUAAACUUUCACCCUCUCACCUUAUUGUCUUGCACUCUAAUGUUGGACAUUUACACCCUGAGAAAAGGAUCUAACUACCCUAUCUAUUCCAAAUAAUUUUAUAUAGCUAUCAAGCUCUGAUAUUAUAGAGAAAACAAUCCAAGGCCACCCAACUCUGUAGCUCAGACCCUCUAAUCCAGCCAGCAUCCGGUAAACCUCCUCUGCAUGCUCUCCAAAGCUUCCACAUCUUUCCUGAAAUGGAGUGACCAAAACUGCACAUAUUAUUCCAGAUGUGACCUUCAGUGAGCUAUGAAUUUGAAAUCCAAGAUCCCAAUGAUGUUACGGAUCUUGCCAUUAACUGUAUACUCUCUUCUUAUAUUCACCCAUUUCUGCAGCUGACCUAUAUUGCACUAUACCUUCUGACAGCAUUCCUCACUGUCUGCAACUCCUCCAAUUUUGGUGUUGUCAGCAAACUUACACACCAACCCCUCUACAUUUAUGCCUAAAUGUUUAAGAAGGAACUGCAGAUGCUGGAAAAUCGAAGGUAGACAGAAAUGCUGGAGAAACUCAGCGGGUGAGGCAGCAUCUAUGGAGUGAAGGAAAUAGGCAACGUUUCGGGUUGAGACCCUUCUUCUGAUGUGAGGUUGGGCGGGGGUGCGGGAAGAAGAAAGGAAGAGGUGGAGACAGUGGGCUGAGGGUGAGUUGAGAAGGUGAGGAGAAGUUAAAAGCUUAGGGAUUUUCCUCAAUGCAUCUGACAUUUCAUGGCCUUUUUUGGCCCUUCUAAUUGCCCGCUUGAGCUCUUUCCUACUCACUGAAUAUUCCUCAUAAGCCCCGUGUAAUGCUACCUCCUUAAACAUGACAUACGCUUCCUUUUUCUUCCUUACCAACCUUGGUCAUCCACGGUUCCCUACCUUCCCAUCUUUAUCCAACCUUCUUACUGGAAUAUGCUGAUACUGCACUUUGAUCAGCUGGCCUUUAAACCUCUUCCACAUGUCAUCUGUUGACGUACCCAAUAACAACUGUUCCCCAGAGCUGCCAAGUAGUAUGGAUUUUCCGUAUUCUGUACGGAAAUGUGAUUAAAAUACGGAUGUACGGUUUUGGGUUGUUAAAUACGGAUUUUAUACACGGAGCAGUUCAGUCUGAAAAAGGGUCUCGACCAGAAACGUCAUCCAUUCCUUCUCUCCAGGCUGCCUGUCCUGCUCCAGGUUUAAACAGAGCGCUGUCAGUUUAACGCGUGGGAAUUUAAACAAAGAGCUGUCGACUACAGCGCUAUAGGUUCUAAAAUUAACGCCACCAGCUGGAGCGCUAUGGGCUUUACCAGGUGCAUAUAGAUGAAUCUUGAUUACAUUCUAUUGACUGUAUUGUAUUAUAUGUCCAAGGAUGAAAAAGUUCAGUGGAUAUUGACCUUCAAGACCUUUUUUCCAUUUAUUUCAUGGCAAAUGGCCAGCCAUUCUGGAAGAUGGGGUGAAAAGGAAAUUCUUGGAGCAAGAGAACAAUAAGGACAUGGUUCACAAUGUGUUGUUUUAUACGUGCGUUCAUACUGAUCAUGUAUUUGCAAGUUGGGUUUAUUUAAGCUGUAUGUAUCAGUGCGUGAACCAUCAUAGUUUUGUGUCAGCUUUGGAAUUCACUUCAACCUCUAAAUAUAUUAAAUGAAGGAAAGGUA